AUGGCUAAAUUUAUCGCGACACUUUGUCUCCUGUGGCUGUCGGUGCUGAUGCUGAUCGGGUUCGCAUCCCGACCGGUCACAGCCCGUCGGCAUCCGCUGCUGAUCGAGGACGAGGGAGCCCGCCGUAACCGGCCCGCAGAGUGCCAGUUUGGGAAGACCAUACGCGAGCUGCAUACGACCUGGUUUGCCGAUCUGGGCCCCCCGUUCGGCGUCAUGUACUGCAUCAUGUGCGAGUGUGUACCGUUCCAGAAGAAGCGUCGCGUCGUGGGCCGUGUCCAGUGUCGCAACAUCAAGAACGAAUGCCCGAAGCCGACCUGCGACGAUCCGAUCCUGCUGCCGGGAAGAUGCUGCAAGACCUGUCCGGGAGAUGCUCAGAGUCCUGACGUGGUGCAAGAUCUUCCCCAGGCGACGAUGCCCGAAGAGGAGGAGCGCAGCAAACACUUUGCGGCCCUGCUGACCGGGCGGACCUCGGCGCUGCUGAAGAAGGACGACAUGGGCACGAUGUACUCGACGCUCAACCCGCAGAACGUGGUCGCUACCGGGCGGUUUUCGUUCCACAAGAAGAACCUGUACUACAGCUUCUACGUGUCGGAGCGUGCCGCCCGCCCGAGGUCGAUACAGUUCGUGCACGCGAACGGCAACAUACUGGAGGAGCACACGCUGACGCUGCCGUCGGAGGAGGGCCGCCUGAGCGCGUACCAGAACGGCACCGGCAAGGUGUGCGGUGUGUGGCGGCGCGUACCGCGGGAGUACCGGCGGCUGCUGCGGGACGAGCUCGUGAGCGUGGUGCUGCUGUGGGGCAGCAAGCACCAAGCCGAGCUGGCCAUCGCCGGUCCGAUCGCGAAAUAUUCCGCCCUGGCGCACGAGCUCUUCAGCGCGCUGCUGGAACCGGCCGCCCAGCCGGACGUGAUGAGCGGCGCGGGCGGGACGGCGAUCGUGUCGACGAGCAGCGGCGUCACCUCCUCCAUCCAUCUGACGAUCGUGCUGAACGGGCUGUUCGCGCCCGAGGACGUCAGCGACGUGCCGCUGAACGUGCGGCUCGAGUCGCUCGACAAGCGGCAGCUGAUACUGGAGGACGUCCAGCGCGUCCGGAAGCCGGCCCACGACAUCAACGUGCUGGAGGUGUCGUCGCCGGUGUCGGUGAGCGAUCUGCGGCUCCUCACGCGCGGCAAGCUCACGCUGACGGUGGAGUCGCGCCGGAAUCCCGACCUGCUGCGGCUGCACGGCCCGGUCCGGGGUCGCGUCGCGUGCGAAGUCUUCCAGACACUGCUCAGCUCGCACGGCGUCGACGUGCGGAGCGAUGCGAGUGGGCUCGCCUGGAUGUACCAGAACCGGGAGGGUUCGCUGGUGUACCACGUGCAGACGCAUCGCCUGCACGGCCAGCCGGGCACGGCCAGCCCCGUGCUGACGCUGAUCGACGACAGUGCCAAGCGCAAGCCGGAGCUCGAAACGCUGGCCCGGGCGUUCGCCGGCGAGCAUGCGGCCGGCGUUAUCGACCGGAUGGGGCCGCGCGUACUGGAACCGCUCUACGCCGGCGAGCUGGCCAUACACGUAACGAACGACCAGAAUCUCACCCUGCUGCACGGCAAGUUCGUGACGCGCCAGGUCGCGGACGCCCGGGACUCGGGGGCGCCGGUGCUGCUGCGCCGCGCCGCCGACCUGCCGCCCCUCACGCACGCGGUCGGCAUGGCCUGGAUGGCGGUGGACAACGAGUGUUUCCUGCAUUACGACCUGGCGCUGGCCGGCGUGCCGGGUGCGUUCCAUCCGCUGCAGCUGUACAUGGAGGAGCUGCCGCUGGAGGCACCGAACGCCCCGGUCAGCCGCCGGCUGCUGGAAGAGUUCGGCGGCAACCAGCUGGAGGGGUUCCAGCUCGGGCUGUCGCCCCGCGAGCUGGCCAAGCUCGAGACGAGCGUUAUCUAUCUGGAGGUGCGGUCGAACAGUACCGCCGAGCCGCUGCUGCGGGCCCGCGUCCACGCACCGACCCGCGUCCCGACCCACUGUACCGGGGGGCUGGACAACGAGGUGCAGCAGGAUCCGUUCGCCGCGAACGAUGUGCCGGUAACGGCCAACGAGAAGUGCUUCCAUUCCGGCCGCUUCUACGACGAGGGUGAAACGUGGCGCAGUGCGGUGGAGGCGUGUACCAUGUGCUCCUGUGACCACCAGCAGUACAAGUGCGAGAAGAUGAAGUGCCCGCAGCUGCGAUGCCGCAAGGAGGACAUUGUGCAGAAGAAGGGUGAAUGUUGCCCGUCCUGUGCUGCUCCAAAGACCGCCGCAGGCAAUGGACUUCCCGCACCACCGGUCACUACCGUCAGCAGUGGUAGCACUAGCGCCCAGCGUGGUUGCAACCUCGGCGAGGCGUUCCACGAGGCCGGCACCACCUGGCAUCCGUAUCUGCACCCGAGCGGCUACGAUACCUGCACCAUCUGCACGUGCGAGCUGUUCACGCUGCAGGUGAAGUGUGCCCGGGCCCAGUGUCCGCCGCUGCCGUGCAGCGACAAGGUCGCGUACCGUCCGGACAAGAAGGCGUGCUGCAAGGUGUGCCCGCAGGUGAAGGAACCGAAGGUACCGAAGAAGGUCGGCCGGCAGGAUGUGCAGUACGAUGAGGCGGGCAGUGCGGUCGGUACGCUGCGCUCACCGCAGGCCAUCCUGGCCGCCGGUGGUUGCCGGUACGAGGAGAACAUCUACGAGAACGGCCAAGAGUAUCACCCCAUUCUGGCGACGCACGGCGAGGAGAAGUGCAUCAAGUGUCGCUGCAAGGACGGACAGCUAAACUGUAGUCGCAAACGGUGCAACCGAGCAAUGUGCAACCGACAGAAUGUGAAGCGCUCCGGCCAGCAACAGCAUCAGCAACAGCCAGUCGAUGAGUGUUGCCAGUGUCGACCUGCGCGCCAUCACCGAAAACGACAGCAGCAACAGCAGCAGCAUCAGCAGCAGCAGCAGCAACAACAGCAGAGUGUUAAGAGUUGA